AUCAGUGUUGUGGCUGUGCUCCUGUCUGCUCCUGUCUGCUGUUUCUGCCGCUGCUCCCCUCUGUCCUCCAUUAAAGCUCGGUUCCAUCCUCGCUGUACGGCGCAGGCCCGAAGUAGCGCAGCCGCUCUGAGCUGUUUAGACCAGGCGACCAAACAUGGACGAGCACGUCGUUCACCAGACAGAACACAUGACCACCAUCGAGGCCAGCGCCGUCAGCCAGGUCCAGCAGGUACAUGUGGCUACCUUCACUGAAACCUCCAUGAUGAGCGGUGAGGAGGAUUCAACGUCAUCACCAGAUGAUGACCCCUAUGACGACACUGAUAUCCUCAACUCUGCUGGCACUGAUGAAGUCACCGCACACCUGGCUGCUGCAGGACCAGUAGGCAUGGCAGCUGCUGCCGCUGUGGCCACCGGUAAGAAAAGAAAGCGGCCUCACAUCUUUGAAUCCAACCCCUCCAUCCGCAAGAGGCAGCAGACUCGUCUCCUCAGAAAACUACGAGCCACCCUGGAUGAGUACACCACUCGAGUUGGCCAACAGGCCAUAGUGCUGUGUAUCUCUCCCUCCAAACCUAACCCUGUGUUCAAGGUGUUUGGUGCUGCUCCUCUGGAGAAUGUGGUGAGGAAGUAUAAGGGUAUGAUGCUGGAGGAUCUGGAGAACGCUCUGGCUGAACACGCCCCUGCAGGAGGAGAGCUGGCCUCAGAGCUGCCACCUCUCACGAUUGACGGCAUCCCUGUGUCUGUGGACAAGAUGACACAGGCCCAGCUGAGAGCAUUCAUCCCAGAGAUGCUGAAGUACUCAACGGGAAGAGGGAAGCCCGGCUGGGGUAAGGAGAGCUGCAAGCCAGUGUGGUGGCCUGAGGACAUCCCGUGGGCUAAUGUGCGAAGUGACGUACGCACAGAGGAGCAGAAACAGAGGGUGUCUUGGACGCAGGCGUUGCGGACCAUUGUCAAGAACUGCUACAAGCAGCACGGCCGGGAGGAUCUGCUGUACGCUUUUGAAGACCAACAGAUUACCCCGGCAACGGCCACUCAGCACCACCUGACCGCCGCACAGAGCAUCGCCCACCUUGUGCCCUCGCAGACUGUGGUACAGACCGUCAACAACCCUGACGGAACAGUCUCACUCAUCCAGGUCGGUACAGGACACACGGUCGCCACCCUGGCAGACGCUUCAGAGCUGCCUGGGGUCACAGUGGCUCAGGUCAACUACUCUACUGUGACCGAUGGAGAGGUGGAGCAGAACUGGGCCACCCUCCAAGGAGGUGAAAUGACGAUCCAAACCACUCAGGCCUCUGAGGCCACGCAGGCCGUCGCGUCUCUGGCCGAAGCGGCUGUUGCUGCCAGCCAGGAGAUUCAGCCUGGAGCAACGGUCACGAUGGCUCUGAAUGGUGAGGCAGCUGCCCAUGCCGUGGCGACGUUGGCAGAGGCAACUCUACAAGGUGGAGGGCAGAUUGUCCUGGCUGAUGCAGCAGCAGCUGUUGGGGCUCUGGCAGGGGUUCAAGAUGCCACAGGUCUUGUCCAGAUUCCAGUAAGCAUGUACCAGACAGUCGUGACCAGCCUCGCCCAGGGCAACAGGCCCGUCCAAGUCGCAAUGGCACCUGUUGCCACACGCAUAGAAAACACCGUCACCCUGGACGGCCAGGCCGUGGAGGUCGUGACCCUGGAGCAGUGACAUUAGUGGCCCUGGAAGGAGUAGGACGCCCUGGAGAUGUUGUUUAUCCUACUGUUUCCAACCCAGUGUACAAUGUCAAAUAUAUUUUUAAAUGUACAUCUGCAGGGGAAGUAAAUGUGAGGUAUCAUUGUGUUUACUGUGUAAAAAUAUUGUUUUUGUUGGUGUAAUUUUUCUCCCAUUUAGUGCUGUGUUUUUUUUAGCUCUUUGAUGUUGAGAAUUAAGUAUUUAUUUCUUUACAAUUAAAAUGAACCAAAAAGCCCGGGAGGAAAGCCACCACUGCUUCAGCCAGGGUGUGUUACUGUCACUUUUCUCAGAUCUCAUUAUUAUCCGUGCUUGACUGUUUUGUUUUUAGGAUGUAUUUACAAUUGAGUGCCACAGUAACAAAUCACUCCUCUGUUACCCUUCUUAUUGCUCUAAAUGGUACCCUUUACACUUUCAAAUCUAGCAGCGUAUUGGCUGUAGACACUCCCAGUCAUUCAGUGGUGAAAUACAACAAUGAAAUCCCUUCAGUUGUGUUCUCUCUACCUGUGUUGUUUUUCUGUAGUCACCACAUGUCCACAUUUGUGAAGACUCAGGAUAUACAUUGAGGUGUUUUUUACUCCUGGACUGCUGAGCUGUCUUCCCAAUGCAGCCAAUUUGUCUACCAAAACAGUUUAUUUAUACUGCAUGGUUAAGAGCAUCCCUUUUUUUCUUUUUUUACAUAAACUCCUUCAUGUGUCACCAAGGACCUGGUGGGUGUCUGCGUAAGUCUAUCACAGGAAGUGAGACAUGCUUGGACAGAAGAUGCAGUGUUUGUUACACGAAUAUCAGAAGCAUUUCUUUAAAUAUUGCAACAAAAACACCGCUUGCCAAGAUUCGAUAUCAUUCAAUGCAGCUGUAACGUUUGGUUCAACUCUGACCAGUAUUUAAAGACAGAAGUCCAAUAAAAUGGCUGCUGUUCACCA